ACUGAACUACCACUCGGGGGCAAAAUCACAAGAGAUGGGUCAGCUUUUCAUGGUCUGAAAGUAUGCGGAGGCCAGAAAUCUUUUUUUAUGGCGCCGUCAGCCCUAGAAUUUAGAUCCUGGGGCUGGAGUAAGAUCAAGAAUCCUGGCCAACUCAGCUGCCUCUUGGGUGGGUACCAUGGUGAUGGCUCAGUGCCAGCUGUGCUAUCCUGGUUGCCUCAGUUUACAAAACGGUCUGUGCAGCACAGCAUGCUCCCAAUGCCGCUGACCCCUCUGGGGGCCGAGGGCAGGGUCAGCACCAUGGACAGCCCCACGAUCCAGCCGCCCUUUCUUGUGCCAGAGAAGACUGGCGGUCUGGUCUGGUCUGUUCUGGGGACCGGCCUAGUCACUGCAGACUGUUCUCGGUGGUGAACGACUCAUGGCGCCCAGAGCAAGCUUUCCGCCCCAGCCAGCGCCUUGCUCACUGGAGUCCGCUGUCGCUUCCAGCGCAAGCCCCAGAGACCUGCCCCUCGGGGGACCCGCUGGACUCGAAGCCGCGACCGUCAUUGCUCUACAACCGGUGCAUGUCCCUCGCUGACGUCAGCCGCAGCGGCCCCGGAGCUAUAUAAGCUGGCGGCGGUCCCGGGACAGACCCCGUGUUUCCCCGGCGCCCUCAGCCCGCCCCAGGGACCGACCGGAGCUCCGUCCUGCGCUGCGCAGCCGCUCUUCCCGCACCUGGCCGGCGGCACCAUGAGACUGGCCGGACGAGAGGCGCUGCUGGCGGCGCUGCUGCUUCUGGCACAGCUGCGCCCGGGAAGCAGCCAGUGGAGCCCGGAGGAGGCGGCGGCGGCCAGCGUCCGGGACCCGAGUCUGCGCUGGAGCCCCGGAGCUCGGACCCAGGGCGGCGGGGCCCGCGCGCUCCUCCUGCUGUUGGCGGAGCGCUUCCCCCACCGCGUGGGGCCCGGCAGAUGGGGAGCUGGGACCGCAGGCGAGCGGCCGCGACGGGAAGACCCUACGCUGUCCAUCGACCUCACCUUCCACCUCCUGCGGACCCUGCUGGAGCUGGCGCGGACGCAGAGCCAGCGGGAGCGCGCGGAGCAGAACCGCAUCCUGUUCGACUCGGUGGGCAAGUGACCCGCGGGGCCUGGGGCCCCCGAAAACCUCGACCCCACCCCCACCCCCGGGCUGGCACCUGCUCGACCGGAACUGACCCAUCCCGCGGGGCUGGAGCGGCCGGGGAUGCCUUGAACACUCUGCGUUGCUAGUUUUUAAUAAAAGUGCCGA